AAAUAAGGCAACCCUCAGAAAAUUCUCACCCAGUCGCGGUUGAAAGUUGUAUCUUUUUUCCAACCGUUCUUUUUUCUCUUUCUUUACUUUUUUUUUUUUCCUUUUGAAAAAUGAAACCAACAGACAAGCCUUUUACAGCACCGGUUUUAUAUGGUUGGCCUUUGGUAGCAGCUGCUUAUGCAGUUGAAUAUCUUCCUUUCGUGUCAUACAAGUUAGCAAAGGAUGCAAAAUUACUUUCAUUACGUGAACAUACUGAAAUCCAAGGUAAAGCAACAUCAUUGGCAAUACCUGAAAGUUACAUACUUUCCAUUGCUGCUUCUAACCAUCUUGCUCAACGUGAUUCAAAUAUUGAAUGGCCAAGAUUAGAAAGUGAUACGAAAAGUCAAUCUCUCUUUCUUUCGUUUUGGGACUAUCAUCAAGCGUACCUUGAACAUCGUACCACUCCGUCAGAAAUUGCAGAAACAGUGAUUGAAACAUUGGCCAAUUAUGAACAAUAUCAUUUUAUUCGACAUAUGGUUAACAAAGACAUUAUUUUGGAACAAGCAGCAGCUUCUACUAGGCGAUAUAAAGAAGGUACUCCUAAAAGUCAAUUGGAUGGUAUCUUUAUUCCUGUCAAAGAAGAAUUGGAUGUCAUUGGUCUAGAAACAAAAGCUGGUACUUCUUUUCUUAAUGAUGGUCAUCCUGCUAAGACCAACGCAACUGUAGUACAACGACUAGUCGAUGCUGGGGCUAUUAUUGUGGGUCAUUCGGUCAUGAAUGAACUAGGAUGGGAUACGUUCACUGUCAAUCCGACAACUGGUGUUCCAAGUAAUCCAUAUGAAUCAACUAGCUCUUGUGGUGGUUCCUCUGGUGGAUCUGCUGGUGCUGUUGCUGCCAAUCUAUUUCCUAUCGCAAUAGGGUGUGAUGGAGGCGGUUCAGUUAGAAUCCCUGCUGCAUUUUGUGGUUUGUAUGGGUUGAAAACCACGAUCGGUCGCACGUCCGCUGCUGGUGGCAUGCCUCUUGAUUGUUCUCUUGCAGUGUCAGGUCCUAUUUCGGGUACUGCUGAUUCACUAUCACUUACCUAUGCUAUCAUGUCUGGUGUUGAUGAAAAGGAUCCAUUAACGAAAUUCCAACCUCCUGUAUCAUUGAAGGAUUAUACAUUGACUCAUACUCUGGAAGGACUUACCAUUGGUGUUAUGCCUAGUUGGAAUGAAAAAGUGGAUGAUCCUGCUGCUUUACGUCAAAUGGAUGUUUAUAUCAAUUAUUUCAAAUCUCUCGGUGCCCAGGUGAUCGAAAUCGAUAUUCCCGAUUUGGAAUUAGCCGCUACAGCUCAUCUGGUGACGAUUUGUUCUGAAAUGUACGACUUUGCUUCCCGUUACCAAGAUCAGCGUCGAUCCUUCUCAGCAUAUACCCGGAUCAUGUCAGUAAUAUCACAAAAUUUGGAUGCAAGAGAUUAUGUACGAGCACAACAAGUACGAGGAUUGAUGAUGAACCAUCUGCAACGUAUAUUCGAUGAUGACAAUGUAGAUUUGAUUUUAACACCAACGACGGCCAUUCAAGCACCUUGUAUUCCCAAAAGAGCACAUAGUUAUGGACUUAGUAAUGCGACAUGGACAACCAAAUCAAUGGAGUACACUACCCUUGCCAAUUUGACAGGUAUUCCUGCUGUGACCAUUCCUUCUGGAUUCCACAAUGGCAAACCUCUAGCAAUCCAAUUGAUGGCAACAUGGUUCAAUGAAGCUUUACUUUGUCGAAUGGCCAAAGUAUGCGAACUUGCUCCUGGUAUUGAACGAAAACGACCUGAUAUUUGGUUUGCUGGACCUUAUCUAUGAUAGUUAUCUCUCUCUCUCUUUAUUAUUUUUUUUUUUUGCCUGAAUCAUUGGAAAUGGAUAGUUAGUUAGUUAUUGAUUAAUGAUUACUUUUUAAUAUAUGUAUGAUUAAAAUGAUUGAAAAUAAAAUAUUUUUUAGUUGUUGAUUGACAUGUAUGAAGUUUUCUUCC